GCCACUUGCCAGUUUUCAGUUUGCACUUCACAUUAUUACUUGCGUAUUUUCGAAAAUUGUGUUCAGCAAAUUAAAUAUUAGGGAAGACUAGAUAUAUUAGAGUCUAAAUUAGACACAUUACUGGACUAUAACCCGACAAUAUUGUGAAACGAUUAGUAGGUAAAUACAAUCAUCGACAAUUAAAUGACAAGGGUAUGAUUACUAUAUUUAUUACCUAAUUUGUAAUGAUACGAACGAUUAUUAAGAAUAAUGAUGAUAUCGAGUACUUAAUUCAAUUAAUCCCACAGCUACUCGAACUUGUCAGAUGUUAAUCAAACGUUUGUAUUCAAUUUUUAAAAAUACAUUUUCUGACAUGGACAAUCUUAUUGCUGUUUGUCAAAUUACAUCGACUGCCAAUAAAGAAAAAAACUUUCAAGCGUGCAAGGCACUAAUUACUAAUGCUCAUAAAUGUGGAGCCAAAAUGAUUUUCUUGCCAGAGUCAUUUGAUUACAUUGAAGAAGAUAAAGCUAAAUCAUUAGAGAUGGCCGAAACUUUAGAUGGAUCUCUUAUCAAUAAUUAUAAAUCAUUAGCUAAGUCGUUGGAUAUUUGGCUGUCUUUAGGUGGAUUUCAUGAAAAGUUUUCAGAAACUAAAUUAAGGAACACACAUUUGGUUAUCAACAAUAAAGGAGAAAUAGCUGAAACGUAUCAUAAAAUACAUUUAUAUGAUAUACAGAUGCCUUCAAAAAACAUCCAAGUCUUCGAAUCAAAGUUAGUUGAAUCUGGUAGUGAAAUCUCACCACCAGUUAAAACUCCAAUUGGGAAUAUUGGUUUAGCAAUUUGUUAUGAUGUGAGAUUUUCUCAGAUGGCUAUUGCAUUAGCCGAGAAUGGAGCAGACAUUUUAACGUAUCCAUCAGCAUUUUUCUUCGGGACUGGUGCUUAUCAUUGGGAAAUAUUAUUGCGAGCCAGAGCCAUUGAAACUCAAUGUUAUGUAAUUGCUGCUGCACAAACCGGCAAUCAUAGCGCAACUAGAAAAUCAUGGGGUCACUCACUGGUAGUUGAUCCACUAGGAACAGUAAUAGCACAAUGUUCUGAAGAACCGGGUUUUGUUUUGGCACCAAUUGACUUAUCAUUAAUUAAAAGUAUUCGUCAGUCAAUGCCUCUGGAAUGCCAUAGACGAUACGAUAUUUACCCAAAAAUGAUUUCAAGUACCUUAUGUAGGUCUAAGCCUAUUGAUGAUUUUAAUGAAUUCAAAUUUGGUUCAUCUAUAGUUAAAGGUUUACAAGUAUUUUACAAAACACAAUUGUGCUUAGCAUUUACCAAUAUUAAAUGUGUCUUACCAGGACAUGUUUUAGUUGCUCCUCUUAGAGCUGUGGAAAAAUUGACCGACUUAUCUAAUUACGAAGUUGAGGAUUUAUUCCUUGCAGUUCAAAAGGUUCAAAAAAUCAUUGAACAAGUACACAACACUAAUUCAUCAUCUAUUGUUAUUCAAGACGGUCAACAUGCUGGACAAACCAUUAAACACGUUCAUGUUCAUAUUAUUCCAAGAAAGUCUGGAGAUUUUUUGGUGAAUGAUGAUAUAUACAGAAAAUUACAAAAUGAAAAAUACUGCACUGAUCCAAGGAGAAGCGAUGAUGAGAUGGCACAAGAAGCUAAAUUAUUAAGAUCAUUAUUUUGAGUAACUUAGUUUUAAAAAUUAUUGCCAUUAGUUGUUUAAAUUAAAUUGUUGCCUUUUACCAAUAAUUAUAAUACAAAUAUAAACUAUAUCACUAUAAAUUAUAAAUCAUGUUUUUUUUCUCACUUUAUUC